AUGCUGCGCUCUUCAGUUGCCCCAAGUCGGCGAAUCCUGGCGGCUCCUGUCCGCCAACGGAUUGCGUCCCAAUGGCUGUCAAAAGCUGGUGCUGCGCCGGGCCAGCGAUUCUUUGCUGACUCCAAGCUGCCAACAACCGAGGCCUCGACCCCAGCGACUCCUUCCUCUCAAACGGUCAUCCCUCCACAAAUUCCGGCGAAGCCUACGGAGCAAGAGGCCGAUGUUCCCCCAGUUGCUCCGCGUAAAACUGGCCGGUUCCGACGAUUCCUGCUCUACUUGAUCUUGACUUCCGGAAUUGCGUAUGGUGGUGGCGUUUUCAUGGCUCUGAAAUCCGACAACUUCCACGACUUUUUCACCGAGUAUGUCCCGUACGGAGAAGAAUGUGUGCUGUACCUUGAGGAGCGCGACUUCUACCGUCGUUUCCCUAAUGCUACACGGAAAACCAACCGCAUCCGAAUCACACGUGAUGAAGGACAACCAGUCACAAUCGCCAGCAACAGUGGUCUUUCGUGGAAGGUAGCGAAAGAAGAGGCCACUAGCGAUGCCACGAAGAGUGGACCUCACAACAGCGCCAAGGCUCACGAUGCUGAAAUUAAGACCGAGGCAGUGAAGCCUGAGGCUCGUACCGCGGCUGUCGAGCAGGCCAAGAUCGACAAGGCUGCUAAAACCCACAAGGAGGAGAAGAAGCCUGUCGCGAAGGAAGAGAAGAAGGAGGAUGUCGUCUCUCUGGAUGCGCCUCGUCAGCCUGCAGUUGCUUCUAGCAUCAUUGAGCUCCUGGAAAUCAAGGACGGCGAUGAGCCAGUUGUGCAGCAGCUGGUGAAAACAUUCAACGACAUCGUCACCGUCAUUAGCGCCGACGAGAACUCCAGCAAAUACUCCGCCCCCGUGGCCAAGGCCAAGGAUGAGCUGGUGAAGAUUAGCGAGAAGAUUACGUCACUAAGGGACGAGGCCAAGCAGGCUGCUAAGGAGGAGAUUGACAAGGCGCACGCCACCUUUGAUGAGUCUGCUCGUGAGCUCCUCCGUCGCUUUGAGGAAAUGCGGGCUGCCGAGGUGGCCCAGUUCCGCGAGGAAUUCGAGGCCGAGCGCGAGAAGCUUGCCAUGGCGUACCAGCAGAAGAUCAACGUGGAGCUUCAGCGCGCCCAGGAGCUCGCUGAACAACGUCUGAAGAACGAGCUGGUUGAGCAGGCUAUUGAGCUGAACCGAAAGUACAUCCACGAAGUCAAGGAUCUCGUUGAGCGAGAGCGGGAAGGACGUCUCAGCAAGCUGAACGAGCUUACUCAGAACAUUUCCGAGCUUGAGUCUCUGACGACCGGCUGGAGCAAUGUGAUUGACACCAAUCUCAAGACUCAGCAGCUCCAGGUCGCCGUUGACGCCGUUCGCUCUGUUGUUGAGCGAUCAGAGACUUCCCGGCCAUUCGUUCGCGAGUUGGUGGCUCUUAAGGAACUCGCCGCCGACGACCCUGUCGUUGAUGCCGCCAUCGCUUCCAUUAACCCGAGCGCAUACCAGCGCGGUAUUCCCUCACCUAGUCAGAUCAUCGAACGCUUCCGCCGUGUCGCAGGCGAGGUCCGCAAGGCAAGUCUGCUGCCUGAGAAUGCUGGUAUUGCCAGUCACGCUGCCAGCCUCGUCUUGAGCAAGGUCAUGUUCAAGAAAGACGGCCUUGCUGAUGGUGAUGAUGUCGAGAGUAUCCUCCUCCGUACUGAGAACCUGCUCGAGGAGGGUCACCUUGAUGCCGCCGCCCGCGAGAUGAACACUCUCCAGGGCUGGGCCAAGAUCCUCAGUAAGGACUGGCUGGGCGAUGUGCGCCGUGUGUUGGAGGUGAAGCAGGCUCUCGAGGUGAUCGAGACCGAAGCCCGACUCCAGUGCUUGCGGGUGGAGUAA